AUCAGUAUACACCGUGCCUCAUAAGGACCCAGUAGGCGAGUGACAAACCGUGCGCUCACACUUUGCCAUCCAGCCAGAUCCAAAGAAGCAAUGGGAGACGAUAACUGAGGCAACCACAAAGAGCUAUACACUGAGACCGACUAUGGCUGUGGACGCUGCGUCCAGCUUCAGCUUCUGCCAUGCAUCCCUGGAGCAAACCGUUUCUGCAGAGGAGCUAAGCUACCAACUGCCUCGCCGGCCAGCGUCUAGUCUCACCUGGCAUGAUGGGAAGGGACAGAUGAACACGUAUACACGCGCCGUCAAACUACUGCAGCAACCUGGCUCAAAGGGCAUACAGCUGCAUCCAGGAGAAGUCUUCACUGUGUACCACACCAGCCCUACGCUGUCCAGUCUGUCCAAACCAGUGGUGCUGUGGACCCAACAGGACGUCUGCAAGUGGCUAAAGAAACACUGUCCACACAACUACCUAACCUAUGUAGAAGCCUUCUCCCACCACGCUAUCACAGGUCGUGCAUUGCUGAGGUUGAACGGGGAGAAGUUGGAGAGGAUGGGCAUCUUCCAGGAGACACUGAGACAGGAGGUUCUACAGCAGGUCCUUCAGCUACAAGUCAGAGAAGAGGUCCGCAACCUGCAACUGCUCAGCAGAGCCUCCUUCGGAAACCUUUCUUAGCUCGAUCCCUUUCUCCUCCGCUGAAACAAUACGUCACCAGUAGCUAUGGUAGGACCUGCUCGCUCCAGAUAUGUGACAGCAGAACUGGGCUGUAAAAGGAGAGAACUGAAGAGGGGAGAGAACUGAAGAGAGGAGAGAACUGAAGAGAGGAGAGAACUGAAGAGAGGAGAGAACGGAAGAGGGGAGAGAACGGAAGAGAGGAGAGAACUGAAGAGGGGAGAGAACUGAAGAGGGGAGAGAACGGAAGAGAGGAGAGAACGAACUGAAGAGGGGAGAGAACUGAAGAGAGGAGAGAACGGAAGAGGGGAGAGAACGGAAGAGGGGAGAGAACUGAAGAGGGGAGAGAACUGAAGAGGGGAGAGAACUGAAGAGGGGAGAGAACUGAAGAGGGGAGAGAACGGAAGAGGGGAGAGAACUGAAGAGGGGAGAGAACUGAAGAGGGGAGAGAACGGAAGAGGGGGAGAGAAGAGUCUAUUUUCUACAUGACAAACAGACUGAAGGAGGAUUCCCAUUCAACAAGGCCAAACUGGUUUAAACGAGGAGCGACGGAGUGGGAGAGAAAGAGACAGUGAACUGCUGAAUAAAGGAGCACAGACUGUGACAUAGAGAAAAGAUGUAUGAACUGACGUUGACAUUGUAGACAAAUCAAUUUGUCAAAUCAAAGUUCAAAUCAAAAUUAUUAUAACUACAUGAGGUUAUUGGCCUCUUCUUUCAUUGUGGAUGAGAACUAUUACUGAUCAAUCAGUGUAGUAGAUUACAGUGGGUGGUUUAUUCCAAGAUGGGUGGAAAGGAAAUGGGAAAGCGAAUGUCAAUGUCUCUGUAUGAUUCUCACAACCCUGUUCACAAUGUAUCUUUUCUUCUCAGGAUUUUCAUUUUGGAAUAUGUAUAUCGUUUUGAUAGAUCUAAUUCAUACAGUAUAGCGUACAUCAUUGCCUACGUGAGCACCCUCUCCCCAAAGCAUAUUCUCUUCCUUUCUUCUAUAAAGCUGUGUCAUGACGAUGUACAGAAUGUCACCUCCCAGAUCAUCUCUUUGUACUGUCGAUGAACCAUGUCUAUGACAAACAUAUAUAUUUGAACGUUCUAGAGUAAUAUAAUCUGUAGAGCUGAAUAUAAUGAAGAUCUAUCUAUACAUUUAGUGUUUUAUCAACAGAGGGAAUUGAUAGAACAUGCUAUGAUUUAGUGUAAAUGUUUUUGCCAUAGCUGUAUUUGAUAAAGCCAUCAUCGGUACAGGGUGUAGCUGGCCAGAAGGAAUGGUUAUUUUCUAGCAGUAUGAGUCAAAUGCCUACAUCUCCCAUGAUGCAGUAAUAGUAUACUGUAGUCACAACUCUAUUGUGUAAAAAUAAUAUUUAUCCUACGUAUAUUUAGUGUAUUUUCCCCUAAUAUCAGGAGUACAAAACGCUAGUCCUUGAGGGCUAUCCUGCUGGUUUUCUCUGUCAAUUCAAUUCAAUUCAAGGGCUUUAUUGGCAUGGGAAACAUGUGUUAACAUUGUCAAAGCAAGUGAGGUAGAUAAUAUAUAAAGUGAAUAUAUAAAGUGAAAUAAACAAUAAAAAUUAACAGUAAAUAUUACACAUACAGAAGUUUCAAAACAAAGACAUUACAAACGUCAUAUUAUAUAUACACAGAGUUUUAACAAUGUACAAAUGGUUAAAGGACACAUGAUAAAAUAAAUAAGCAUAAAUAUGGGUUGUA